AAGAAAUUUGAACGGAGCCAGCCACAGAAGCGGAGUUUCGGAACUAGAAGCACUUGUCUCUGGGCCUACACCUGCGUGUUUUUGUGGGUGCCUCCGUUAGCUCGCCUUCUUAUCAGCUGAUCUCUAUUUCCUAAGAUUCUAACACUUGGACCGAUGACCUCCAGAAUACAUACGGAGAAUCUCCAGAUUCAGAGGCUUUAGUGGACUAAGUUCGCGAAAUAACCAACUCCAGAUCCUGAAAAGGAAAGAAGAAUGAGUGGAUUCAGCUAACCUCUUCAAACCCACACUUCAUCCCCCCAUCCCUUUCCCUUCCAUGUCACCAUGUCUGCAGGCAAUGGCACCCCUUUGGGGUCAGCAGUGGGGGAAGAGGUCUGGGCGGGAUCAGGAGUAGAGGUGGAGAGCUCAGAGCUACCCACCUUCUCAGUUGCAGCUAAGGUCCGGGUUGGAGUGACCGUUGUGCUAUUUGUUUCUUCGGCUGGAGGAAACCUGGCCGUACUGUGGUCGGUGACACGGCCGCAACCCAGCCAGCUCCGCCCCUCUCCGGUACGACGACUUUUUGCUCAUUUAGCAGCUGCCGAUUUACUGGUUACUUUUGUGGUUAUGCCCCUAGAUGCCUCCUGGAAUAUCACUGUUCAGUGGCUGGCCGGGGACAUCGCAUGUCGAACACUCAUGUUCCUGAAACUAAUGGCCAUGUAUGCCGCAGCUUUCCUGCCUGUGGUCAUUGGGCUCGACCGCCAGGCAGCCGUACUACACCCGCUUGGACCCCGCUCAGCUGGAAGGAAACUUCUGGGGGCAGCCUGGCUACUCAGUUUCCUUCUUGCCUUGCCUCAGCUGUUCCUGUUUCAUACUGUCCGCCGAGCUGGUCCAGUCCCCUUCACCCAGUGUGUGACCAAAGGCAGCUUCAAGGCUCAAUGGCAAGAGACCACCUAUAACCUCUUCACCUUCUGCUGCCUUUUUCUGCUGCCACUGACUGUCAUGACCAUCUGCUAUAGCCGCAUUGUCCUCAGUGUGUCCAGUCCCCGGACAAGGAAGGGGAAUGAUGCCCCUGCCGGUGAAUUUACCCUCCGUCGCUCCUUAGAUAAUCGCCCUCGUGUUCGUCUUCGGGCCCUGCGACUGGCCCUGCUUGUGUUGCUGACCUUCGUCCUCUGCUGGACACCUUAUUACCUGCUGGGUCUUUGGUACUGGUUCUCUCCCACCAUGCUAACUGAAGUGCCUCCCAGCCUCAGCCAUAUCCUUUUCCUCUUUGGCCUCCUCAAUGCUCCUCUGGAUCCUCUCCUCUAUGGGGCCUUCACCCUUGGCUGCCGAAGAAGGCACCAAGAACUCAGCAGUGACUCCUCCAGGGAAGGAGGGUCUGGGAGAAUGCACCAACAGGAAAGUCAAGCCCUUAGACAGAUGGAAGUAAAAACAAAUGCGGCGGCAAGAAAGGCAGGAGAAACAAAAGAGACAUUCCUAUGACAUCCAUUUGCUUUAGGACAUAGUAUAUAGGAACAGAAUAAUUAUUUUUUGAUAUCAUGAGGACAUCAUCUACCCUUGCUCUCUUAGCUUCCAAGAAAAAUAAAUACUGAGCAGUAUCUCUACCUUGAUGCUAGCUAAGACUUAAGACUACAUCUAAUGUAGAAAUUCACAAAGAAUUCAGUUCCUGGGAGAACUAUCUUCACAGUGACCCAUGCUACCUUACUGUAAACAGUGCUUCAAAGCUUGCAAUGUUAGAAAAGUAAUUUUAAAUGUAGAAAACAAAAACAGGCCAUUUAUUCAUAACUCAAAAAAAUACUAAGCAGGCAAGGUAAGAGAUUAAAUAUAAACAGUGCUGCACCAGCCCCAUUUCUUCCAGUCUACAUGGUCAAAUGGAAUCGCCGGACAACACAACAGAGGAUGGGUCAACGACGCCUCCGGUCUGGACUCCUGCUGCGUCUUCGGCCACCUCUAGGGAAAAGGAAAAGGAGCAGGGUGCAUCAGAUAGUGUUUGCCUUCUCCACUUUACCUCCUCUUGCCCUCGGAUGGACCCCUUCUCCACUUUACCUCCUCUUGCCCUUGGGUGGACCCCGAACAAAACACCAGUCCACGCUGAUCGGCUGUCCCAUCAAAUCCUGACCAUUGAGCCCCUCCAUAGCAGCCUGGGCCUCCUUGUAUGUUUCAUACUCAACUAGAGUAUACCCCUGACACAAGUGAAAAGACAGAUUAUCAAAACCCUCCUAUUCCAUUAAGGUACUUUCUACUCAAAUAGAAAAAUAUAUAAAUGCUAAACAACAAAUGUACAUCAUAUAUCCCUAUUAUAUUCAACUUGUCUGUCUC